AUGCUUGGGCGUCAUUCGCCAAUCCUCACGACAUCCGGAGGAGAUAAAGACUUGAUCCAGCAUAUCGCGGACGAAACCACCCGGGAUGCAGAAGAGUAUCGCAAGUUCUGCGAGACUGCUACAGCCAACGGAAUCGCUGCAAUCUUCCGCACAGCCAUACACGCACAGUCCCACUAUCUGGUGAGGGAACAACUUGAAGCCGUGAAGGUCGAAAACUUUGACCUGGGAAACUCAAAUGCGUUACGUUUCAUUCGAGAUGAAGCACAGGGUUUCUACGCCGAUGAAAAUGAACACCAUAAUCGCCAGCGCGGAAUCACACGUACUAGCCCUUUCAGCCGUUCUAACUUUGAUCGGAUCUUCGACUAUGCUCUAGCACGAACCAAGGAGGAGUGGGAUGGUCUGGCCAAUCCAUUCGCCACUCUUCGUGCUGCAGCUGCCAUUUUAGAGCGACGCGGUGGGUACCCUGGAGGUAUCGAUGUCAUGAUGGGUAAGAGAGCCGCGGUGGUAGUGGUUGGCUACUGGAACGACUUCGUCUUAAGCACGCUGAGCCAUGUGAUUUCAGAACUAUCCAACUCAGUUCCGCGUCUUGUCGAAUAUGCCCGCCAUCAGGGCAGCGAGGCCAUCUUCGUGCGCUUUCUGGGCGACGCCAGCUAUCAAGGAUCAAGUUGGAGGUAUCGGAAUGUAGUGCUCGGGAAACCAGAAAAAUGUGUCGAGGGCAUCGUCACCCCUCGCGCUGGCCAGCGGGUCUUUGACAAGAAGGCUUUAUUUGACUCUUUCCUCAUUCCUAAGUUCUCAGAGUCUGUGUCCGAACAGGGAUUUGAGCAUUUAGUGUUGGCGGGAUUGUACAGCGACGUCUGCGUUGAUGCGACGGCUCGAACGGCAUUUCCAAAGGGGCCGUGGAUGACGGUUGUGGAAGACUGUACCGCUACUUUGUAUUCGAACUAUCAUAAUCAUUUGAAGUUUAUGGAAAAAGUAUGGGUUGCCAUCUUCAGCACCGGCGACGAUUUCGUCCUCGACCUCCAAACCCACCACCAUAUCCACCACCAUAUCCGCCAUGAUGCGGUCUUCCGCUCCAUCCAGGUCCAUAUCCUCCGGGCCCCAUUCCAGGUGCUCCAUAGUGAGGUCGGCCGCCAAAGGAACUCAUGA